GUUUUAUACUUGACUAUGUCAUAAUUUUGUAAUUAAUUUGAAGACUUUGUUGAAGAAUUAUUAUUUGCGUUAAACCUAGUCAUAUAAAAUGUUGAAAGCUGGGAUUUUGAUACUAUGCGUAAUUCAUUACGUACAUAGUGCGUCUGAUAGUCCCGGAUGUCCAAUCUGGUUGAAUAACAAAUCAAAUCCAGGAGUCUCCGCGUGUAGCCGAUACAGGAACCAGUGCAAAUCGGAUACGGAGUGUUAACAAGGUCAACUGUGUUGUUCUAAUCCAAGCUGUGGUAGAACGUGUCAGGCACCAGUACCAAGAUGUGGCCCUGUUUGUGCUAUAGCAUGUCCCUUCGGUAAUGUUAUGGAUGCAAACAAUUGUCCAACUUGUGCAUGCAAAACAGAUUCAGUCUGUGAAAAGGGAACGCCUCAAGGUACAUGUGAAAUAGGACCAUUUACCGGUAAACCGUGCCCAUCGGGAACCUACUGCAUAAACUCUGUCUGCUGUCAAAUCCCUUGUGAUUAUGGUGAUCCUCAUCCAACACGUUUCUGUGGAAUGGUUGUUAGUUCUAACAAAUGUCCUACUGGAUAUCAUUGUAAAGGUGGACCGGCUGAUGAAUACCAUACUUGUUGUCCGAAUGCCAAAACAACGAAAAUAGGCCGUUGUCCAAGAGACAAAUAUCCACGGACUAAUUGUAACGUUCAAAGAAACUGUAAAAAUGACGCAUCGUGCCCUGGAACAAAGAAAUGUUGCAAGCAAGGCUGUCGUUACAAAUGUGUAUAUCCUGUGGACUGAUUAAUUAAACAGUUUUGCAUAAAAAAAAACGUGUUGUUUGCUUCUGUUUAAAAUAUAUUUUACAUAUAUUUCAGUAGUUUCUAUCUUGGCUUAAAGGGAAAAAGUGAUCAAAUGUUCAUUCUGUUUGAAAAAGAAAAAUUCAAUAAUAUUAAAGUUUUUUUCUGCUAUAUGAGAUAUCAACAUCGAUUUUAAAUUUAGAUUUUCAAUUCUCUGAGCGAUGUCAUUUUGACAUCUUUUCGUUUUAGUAACCACGUGAUA